AUGAGCCGUGUUGAAAGACUAAGGAGUAGCGUGGGCAAGGUCUGUAAUGUAGAGAAGUUCGGUGGCAAGUGCUGUGUGAGCAAGAAUGACACCGUUGUACUUUACGAUUACGAUGAAUGGAACGAUAGCAUGCAGGAUAAAAUCAAGACUAAAUUCCCAAACGUCAGCAUCACUUGCACCAAUGAUAAGGCGAGCCUUUCGGGUGAUGUCACUUACUAUGUGCUUUGGCACGUUUUUGUGAACCUCAUGGUAGCUUUUUGUAUAUACUACGUCCUGAUGAGCAAGGAGCUGGUUGCACCCCAGAGCAAUGCUCCUAUCCCUCUAGACAAGACUGCUAUAGAGAAGUUGCAGCACCUAAACAAGAUCUACAAUGAAGGUAAGUAUACCAGGAUCUGGUUUAUUAUCAGCUUCUUCAUCCACGCUAUCCUUUCUUUCCUUCUUCUGGUUUUAACCCUGUACGGGAUGGGGAGGAAUGUAGGAAAUUUCCCUAUCCUACGGACUUCCUUCACGUCCAAAUACGGCGAUCUUCCCGACACCAUCCACCCUACCCUUUAUGGUAUCACCACAAUCCUUACUGAUCAGGACAAGGGGUUCAUGCCAGUGCCAACAGUCCCGGUCAGCUUCCAGGACGUUCCCAUCACGGACGACAGGCGGAAGGACAGCUACUACUACUGUGUCGAUGGAACAUUGAACUAUACCUCUGCCAUUGGUGGGACUAUCAUGGACCAGACCAGAGCCAAGGGGAUCUGCAUGGUUGAGCGUUACUCUGCCGUUGCAAAUUAUGAGAAUCAUGAAUCGAGCAUGACAUUCUCCUCUGCAUGGAGUCCCAUGUUUAUGAUCACCGUCUUGAUGUGGAUCAGCACCUCCUGGCAGCUUCUCUAUGUCGACUUCAAGCAGCUCGGUGGUGUGGAUAAGAGGUACUACUAUGCCGCCUGGCACAUCCUCACCCUCUUUGGCAUCAUGGUCUUCUCUUAUGUCAGGACGAAUGAUCGGAUGGUUCCUAGGAAUAACAUCAUGUUUGCCAUUGCUAUCUUGGUCUUUAGCAUCAUUCAACAGAUCUACAUCAUGAACCGCCAUGGAGAUAUCAUCAAGAUCUCCGAUACUGAGUACCACCGCCAGGAUGAGAUCAACUUCAUCCGCAAGAUGUACCAGGCCAUCGAAAACAAUGCGAAUAGUAACAGGGUGAAGAAGAUCUUUACAGAGAAGCAGCUAGGAUUCAUCGUCCUUCUCUCCGAUUGGCUCUUGCUCCCCCUGUUCUGUAUCAGCAUCUUCUCUCUUCUCUCUAACAACGUGCUAGAAUGGGUCUUCCAGGCCACCUACGUUAGGUACCAAUUGAUCAUCUUGGGUUUUGUUCUUAUUCAACAGCUCAAGGUGGUAGAACAGGUCACUAACAUGAAGAUGAAGAUGUUUAAGAGUUCUAAGAACAGGGCAUUGGCUUAUGAAUUCCAUCCAAGGCUUGUGAUCCUCUUUGCCAUCCUCUUUGCCGCUAUCAAUGAGAUCGUGAGCAUGACCGAUACCUGGACCUCACAGCACGAUCACACGGUGACCCGGACAUAUUCAAGCUUAUACCUUGCCACCAUCGUCCUCUACUUCGCCACCGUAUCUUAUUGCGUUUUCCGCAGGAUUGGAUCGACUGGUGGGACUGUGAGUGAAGAUGGUAACGUCUAUGGCGUUACAAGGCAGGACGACAAGAGCGGUACAAUGAUCAACAUGGCAUCAUCCUUUUUGCGGAUCGUCUUUGUAGGCAUCCUUCUUGCAUAUCUUUUCAAUGACUAUAACAAGUACUCGUGCUGGUCGAGCAGCAAGAGCAAGAGCCUAUUCUGUGGUCAUGCCAAUGCUCUGAAUAAUCUCAACAAUAGGGAUUUCUUGAAGCCAAUCGCCAUUACGAGUGGAAACGCUACCAGUGUCUACGAGACGCUUUUUAGCUCCAUCACCUAUGCACCCAUGAUUUAG